AUGGUGGUAGAUGACAUUCAGUUUCUAAGUAUUCUUAAAGGAAAACGCAUUAAACUGACCUUGAAAAAUGCGGCCUACCUCGGCAUCGUCCACCGCAUCAACUCCAACAAAACCAUCGUUCUGGCCGACGUUGUUGGAGCCGAGAAUGGCUGCAAAUAUCCAGGGUCUAAAAUGUUUUUCGGGCAUGACAUAAUUAAUGUGGAAUUCACCAAUGAAGAAGAAAAGGCCAAUAAAAAUGCAGGACAGAAGAUUCUUGAGGAACAGAUGACGAUAGAAAAGUUCCAGCCGUACAGGAGAGCUGUGGGGCUGGACGACGAUGACGAUGAAGAGGAGGGGGAAUUCAUCAACUUCAUUGUUAUUGAUGAGUUUCAUGAGAAGUUUGGUUCAGCUAUCAUGCACAUCAAAAAGCAACAAGUGGUCGGAGUCGGAGUCGACGGAGUGGAAAUAUACAAACACGGGAGGCUGUGCUGGCUUCAGAUUUCAACAAAACACAAGGUGUUCCUCUUUGAUAUCUUGCUGCUUGGUGCUCGUGCAUUUAAAAAUGGACUCUCCAUGAUCCUUCAGAGUAAACAGAUCUUAAAGGUCAUUCAUGACUGCAGAGCUGUCACAGGAUGUUUAUCUUCUCAGUUUGGAGUCAAUUUGACCAAUGUUUUUGACACUCAGGUCGCAGAUGUGAUGUGCUUCUACUCAGAGACUGGAGGUUUACUGCCAAACAGAGUGAGCACUCUGCAGGAGGUGAUCAAUCUACAUCUGAAGGUUCCCUCUUCACAGCUUCUGUCUUUGCAAAUGAAGUCUCAGCUCACACAGGAGAAGGGGAUAUGGUACAAGCGGCCCUGCCCUCUGCCCCUGCUCAAGGUCAUGGCUCUGUCUGUGGUCCACAUGCAGCCUCUGCGCCUGGUGCUGCUGGACACACUCAUGACAGACUACUUGUUCUUGGUGGAUUCCUAUCUCAAAAGUAGUCAUUUCCAGCCUGAUGAGCUGGAGCAGCUCACUAUGGAGAGUGUUUUGGAGCUGCCUAAGGAGCUCAGACAGCUGGAGCAAAUGCGGUGUGAUCGCCAGGAGUGGGCAGCUGAGCAGUUCCCAGUGACGGACCAAGGUCUGCUCCGUCGUUUUAACCCCAGAUUGAAGAGAAGAGCUAACGAAGCGCUGCAGCAGACACAAGAGGCCUGUAAACCUGAGAGUGUGGAGGUGUCUCCUGCUCAGGACGCCCCUUCUCCAGCCUUUCCGUGGGCAGGCAGAGGACGAACAGACACAAACACUGACAAGUGUCCUCUUCCAGGCCGGCCUGGUGUCAGCCGAGGCUUGUUCCUCCACACAGCGCCUGCUGAGAGCCCUGGGAAAGCUGCCGUGGAUUCUGCAUCUGCUCAGAGUGAGAAGGGGCUGAAGUUGUCUCUUAGUCAGUCCUUCAGGUUGUUCAAGGAUUAA